AUGUUUCGCUACCUAAUGCCUAAACCACACAAUUCUCUCCUACUCCCCUCAUCCUCAAAACCAUAUAUUUUGAAACACUCAUUCACCCGCCGAGCAUUUACCUCAACACCUCCAUCCCUCAAUAAUACAGCGCAACCCACCACCAAAACACCCUCGCCACAUACCGCCAUAUACAAAAACUUUGGACGGGCCUUUGCUAAGGUCUUUCUGGGCGGAGUGCUUACGUAUCAGAUUAUUUAUUGGGCAUGGUUGAGGUUGGAGGUGGAUGAGGAGAAGGUGGAACGGAAUAAAGAAAUAGUGGAGUUGGAAAGUAAAGCGCGAGAGUUGUUUGCGAAGAGUAAUGGUUAA